AUGACCAUGUUUUUUAUGUAACAAUUGGGUGCUUGUCGGUCCAUUAGCUACACUGUGAAGGACCGCGGCUGCUAAAGAAAUGAAUGUAGGCUACACGUCAACAGAAGAAAAUCUACAUUACAUUCAUUUUCUUUUUCUGACACUACAAUGUCGCUCAAACCGCAAGUGGAGGACGCACCGGAGGAGAGAAGCGCCUUCUUUAUUGGCCCUGACUCGGACAACGUCUUGGAAGGGCAGGACCACCAUCAAUUUAUGCUACAAAAAGCCAAUGCUCUAGCAUCGAAAAACGACCUAAAAGAAGCCAUUGACUGGUUUUCAGUGGCUUUGCAGUAUGGCCCUGUUCAACCGGAACAAUUAAGCACCUUCGUGGACUGUAUCCUCCGCAACUUUAAGAGAAAAGUGGUUGGACCAGACUCACUUUUGGGCCGGGGUCGCGAGGCAGGGGAUAGCUGUAAGGACGAGGAUGUCUUUGACUGUCCUAACUGUCAAAGCUUUUUAGGUGUGCCUGUGACCAUAGCCUGUGGCCAUUCGUACUGUAAUAGAUGUUUACGACGACGGCUGCUCUCCAAAUGUAGGCUAUGCAAUGAACCCGUUAGCGGUGAGGAGAAAACUAACGUACUACUGUGCGGACUUUUAGAAAAAUGGUUCCCCGAAGAGCUGAAUAAGUCUAAAAAGAUAAGUGAAGUGGAUGAGCUGUGUAGAAGGAGACGCUACCAAGAAGCAGUGUCGCUAGCAACCGAUGUUAUUCAAUGUGAUCCAGAGACGACGGCGUUGGCACGACUAUCUCGGGCGGAGGCCUACAUGGCUCUGAAACAGUACCAUCGGGCUUUAAAGGACACAGAACUUAGUCCCUGGUUCAGUUGUUCUGCUGAAGCUUUGUUCAGGAAAGCUAUGGUGCUGCAAGAGAUGGGCCAAGUGGACGAGUCCCUCCAAGUCUUCCUCCACUGUCUAUCUGUGGACAAGGACUUCCCCUGUGCUAAAAGACAAGUGGAAAAGAUCCUGUGUGGCCUGCUCCACCCCACUGAGGAGAAUGUCAAGGUUGGCCUGAGAGAAACAACGCUGAACACGUCACCUCACUUGCGCAGUAAAAGCCUCAUGGCCGAUGCCCAAGCUGGACCACACAGCCCAGUCCAAAGACAACACCAACACCAGGUCCGCACCGCCUCGGCCCACCACCAUCUGGACAACCAGGAGAAGCGCUGGGAAAGCCUGGAGCGGCCUGGUCUGAGCCGAGCUCAUUCGCUGCGGACGCAUGGCUCUAGUUCUGUUGAGGAAGGGCUCAAGAGAGUUUGCUCUGCUCCUCAGCUGGGCGACGAGGACAAGGCCAGCCUGCUGAAGAGGAAGCUGUCUGUGUCAGACACAGAGCACUGUGUUGUGGACAAUGGAGGUAGCAAGCUUAAAAAACAAGGUGUGGUGAAAAGCUCCAAACCAAAGGUUAAAACCUGCAGAAGGGUUGCUGAGGAUCUUCUGGACGCCAAUGACUUGGAGUGCUCUCUCUGCAUGAGGUUAUUCUACGAGCCUGUGACUACACCAUGUGGACACACCUUCUGUAAAAACUGUUUGGAGCGCUGCUUGGACCAUACACCCCAGUGUCCCCUCUGUAAAGAGAGCCUGAAAGAGUAUCUAGCAUGUAGAAAGCACACAGUGACAACCGUCUUGGACACGUUGAUCAAACAGUAUUUGAGUCAGGAAUAUGCAGAGAGGACUAAAACUCACCUGGAGGAGACCCGAGAGCUUUCUAAUCCGACAAAGAAUGUGCCUAUCUUUGUGUGUACCUUGGCCUACCCCACUGUGCCUUGCCCCCUGCAUGUCUUCGAGCCACGUUACCGCCUCAUGAUUCGCCGCUGCAUGGACACAGGCACGCGGCAGUUUGGGAUGUGUAUCAGUGAUCCCCAGAAAGGGUUUGUAGAUUUUGGCUGCAUGCUGACCAUUAGGAGUGUCCAUUUUCUCCCUGACGGACGAUCAGUAGUGGACACCAUUGGAGGAAAACGCUUUCGGGUCCUAUCCCGAGGAAUGAAGGAUGGUUACAGUACUGCUAACAUUGAGCACCUGGGUGAUGCCAGGGUGGAGGACGGGGACGAGCUAGAGAAACUACAAGACCUGCAUGACGCAGUGUAUGAGCAGGCCCGCGUCUGGUUCCAGAACCUCAAAAUCCACUUCCACAACCAGAUCCUGCAGCACUUUGGACCUAUGCCAGAACGUGAAGCUGACAUCCAGGCAACUCCCGAUGGUCCAGCGUGCUGCUGGUGGCUGCUGGCUGUCCUGCCUAUCGACCCACGCUACCAGCUGUCUGUCCUCGCCAUGACCAGCCUCAAAGAACGCCUGGUGAAGAUCCAGCACAUCCUCACAUAUCUACAGAGCAUCCCCAACAACUAGAGCUUCCUCUUCUCAUCGCCGCAAACAUCUUUUCAACUUUGAAAUAACAUUCAAGCAACCCUGUAACAACAUUUCGCCAAGUUUUGUUUCUACUGCCAUCUGAUCCUUCAACUUUUCUUAUUACAGCUGAAAAACACCUCAUUUUACAGUUCUUCACAUAAAGCCUACACUAGAUAAACAGCAAAGCUGAAACAUCCUUAAACUGUGGGCAAACCACCUCAGGGAUACUUUUGCUGACGCACAUUAUUUGUUCGUGACUAUGGGAAUUUUUU